UUGCCGCAGUUCUCACGCAGCGAUACAGACACGGGCCUGUGAAAAAAUAGGAUAGUGGGAGAGCGCCCCAGCAAAGUCCAAAGGGCGUGUGACCCCAUAAGAAGCAGGGCGUGGGCGUGCAGAAGCAGCGCCCAGCACAGUGCCCUCUUGUCUCCUACCUCUGCACUACUCGGCUCCCAUUCCCACCCCCACACCCCAUACUUCUGCUUGUCUACCACAGGGAAGAGCCUGAGCAGGGAGGGAGUGCGGAGGGUUAGAGGGGACUAGGAGAUGGAGCAAGAUUCGGCGAGUAGGAGGUUCGCAUUGCUGGCGCUGUGCUCGGCUCUGUUUCUUCUGGCGGCGCCCGCCCGCCCGGCCUCGGCUGCUGCGUUGGAGGAUGGCCUACUCAGCAAUGGUGACUUUGAGACCGCACCAGCUGGUGGUUUUGUCAAAUCUGCGUCUGUUGCUGAGGGUGCAUCAUCAAUCCCUGGUUGGACGAUCAAUGGCACGGUUGAGCUCAUUUCAGCAGGCCAGCACCAGGGUGGCAUGAUCCUUAUUGUUCCACAGGGCGAUCAUGCUGUACGGCUAGGGAAUGAUGCUAGCGUUGGGCAGGUGGUGCAGGUUGAAAAGGGCUCAGAGUAUGCUAUCACAUUCAGCGCUGCCCGGACAUGUGCACAGCUGGAGUCACUGAAUGUGUCUGUGCUAGGCGGUGUAUCACAGACGGUGGACUUGCAGACAUUGUACAACAUAGAAGGCUGGGAUGCAUACGCGUUGGCUUUUCAGGCAACAGACGAGCAGGCACAUCUUCAAUUCAUGAACCCUGGCAUGGAGGAUGAUCCAACUUGUGGGCCUAUCCUUGACAACGUCGCGGUCAAGAAGCUCUUCACUCCAGAGAGACCGAAGGAUAAUGUGGUGCUCAAUGGAGACUUUGAGGAAGGUCCGUGGAUGUUUCCAAACACGAGCUUUGGAGUGCUUCUCCCGACCAACCUCGACGAGCAGACAUCUGCUUUACCUGGCUGGAUGAUCGAGUCGAACCGCGCAGUCCGCUACGUGGACUCUGAUGAGUACAAGGUUCCCCAGGGGAAGCGCGCCAUUGAGCUUCUGUCGGGCAAGGAAGGCAUCAUCUCCCAGAUGGUGGAGACGACCCCUCAGAAGGUGUACAACCUGACGUUCACGCUGGGCUCGGCGGGAGAUUCAUGCCAGCCGCCGAUGGCCAUCAUGGCGUUCGCCGGUGACCAGGCCCAGAACUUCCACUACUCGCCGAUGGGCAACGCCACCAGCCAGACCGCGAACGUGACGUUCACGGCGCGCGCUGAGAGGACGCGCGUGGCGUUCUACAGCGUGUACUACAACACGAGGAGCGACGACCACAGCUCGCUCUGUGGCCCGGUGAUCGACGACGUCCGCGUCUGGGGCUUGAACGGAGCUGCUGGGUUGAAGGCAAGUCUUGGGCUGCUUCUUGCCGUUGUUGGUAUCGUUGGCUCGGUGCUGUUCUGAAUUUCUCUGUGGCUUUGGUCUGAGUAUUGUCUAAGGAUGCAUGACCUCUUCUGUAAGUCUGAGGAGGCUAGUAGUUUUGGUAGUGAGCUUGAAGUUUGUACCAGGUGUAAUGUGAGCUUAGGCAGAAGCUACCAGAACCUAUAUAUGGUUGCUUAUGUUACUUCCUUUGUGAUUUUAGCUUGCAAUUAUAUGGGAUUGUGUGGUCGGUGUGCCAAGAGCUUGUAAUGUGAGAUGUCAGAAGUGAUCCAUGUUCAUCUCUUCAAUGUAUUAGAAAUAUGAAGGGCUCAUCUGCUUUCA